AUGAACUCGUGCCUUCUAGCACGGCGAAAAUUUGAGCAAAAUGCAAAACGAACACGACCAACUGAAUGUGUAUCCGAGGAGACUGUUUCAAACGAACCAGCCUCUGUUUCGUCUAUCGAGAGCGAGGCGACAGGCAAAAUUACUCUCAUUAUGAUCGGGCUGUGCUUGGCCGUAUUUCUGACGGGCAUGCGACGAUUUCAUGCCUUGGGCAACAUUAGCUGGUGGUCUGCUAUCUGCCUGUUCACGCUCAGCCUCUUCCAACUCUUCUACGGCAAGCUCUACAGCCUGUUCUCAAUCAAAAUCGUCUAUGUGGCUACCAUUGCGUUAUUCGAGAUCGGCUCGCUUAUAUGCGCAACGAGCCCAAAUUCAGCCGCCCUGAUUACCGGUCGCGCCAUCGCUGGCCUAGGUGCUGCUGAUUUUCACCGGCAGCAUCAUGGUUACAACGAAGAAAUAUUCGGCGUUGCUGCAAUCGUGGGCCCAUUCAUUGGAGGCACAAUUACGGAACAGACAACCUGGCGCUGGUGCUUUGGAAUCAAUUUACCCUUGGGUGCAGUCACUAUUGUUAUAUGCAUUUCCUUGAUCAGGACGCCAAUAGAUGCUCAGGCGCAGACAAAGAGCUUCGAGGAGAAGCUCCGGCAAUUUGACAUUCUUGGAACCGUCAUCCUAAUCAGAUCUCUGGAACCAGUCAGUCUGGUUGGCAGCAAGCUAUGCCAUGUGCAUUACAGGCGGUGUGUACAACGCCAUUCUCUAUGUGCCAAUCUGGUUUCAGCAAUUCAGGGUCGAUCAACGCUCGGUUCUGCUGUGAUAUUAGCACCGAUUAUUGGCGGAUACGUGGUCUGCUCUGUAAUUGCGGGCAUUAUGACGAGCCUCGUUGGAUACUACAAUCCAGCGAUGAUUGUCGGCACCGUCGUAGCAGCCAUUGGAGCCGGGCUACUCACUACAGUCACCCCCAGUACAACAACAGCGAGCCGGGUUGGUUACGGAAUUCUGUAUGGGUCUAGCGUGGGAUUUGGUUUUGGACAGCCCAGCUAUGUUGUUCAGACAGUGCCUAAGCAAAAUGACGUGUCUAUCGGCGUCACUCUCAUCACCCUCGUUCAAAAUCUUAGCGCGACUAUUUCUGUCACCGUUGGUCAGACAAUAUUCCAAAAUACGCUGACAGCCCGAUUAGAGACUGUUGCACCAGAUGUUGACAUGCCAUUAAUCGGAUCAGGCGGAGCAACGAAGCUCAUCAGCCAGUUUCCUGCAUCAGAUAGGUCUAGUGUCCUAGGUGCAUACAGCACUACGUUAGUUCGCACGCUGUAUAUCUCUCUAGGACUCAGCUGCGUGUCCGUUAUUGGUGCUUCUCUUACAAGAUGGAAGUCGAUAGAAAGAGCCGGCUGCUAG